CCAAACUGAGCCAAUAGAAAGAUGCGUUCAAAGACACGUUGAGCAGUUCUGGGUUGUAGAAAUAUCAGCUUCCUGUAUUUGGAUCUAAGGAGCUGAAUAUAUAUUUUUGCGUUGUUAAAGUGACUUAAAUCAUGGUACUUGCUGACUCUGAGUCGGCGGUCAUUCUUCGGCUCAGAGGGCCGCUGGACCUGAAGUGUCAGCUGGACUGCAUAGAUGAGGUGCCAAUGCAAAAAGCAAUCUCCAGAACAUUUGAGGCACUUCGUUUGCAGGUGAAAUCUGAGUCCUGUGUCCUGGCAGUCUGCAACAGCCCUGUUCUGAUUUGGCCAAACAAAAGUGUUUUUGAAGAAAUAACUCCUGAUGCACCAUUUGAAGACAUAUUUCAGUUCAUACAAACAGAUGACCAAGAGACAAGUGGAAAGAGAUCAACAAAAAAGAAAAACAGAAAAGGUGUUUCAACGAGUGUCAUAAACCUCUCCCUGAUGAUGGAGGCCACAAAGCCAGGCCCUGCCUCAGCUCCAAUCCUCACUAGAACGGUCCAGAAAUCUCACCUUCUGUGUGCGACUCUUCCAAUGGACUGUGCUGUAUGGAGCAGCUGGAGCGACACCAUCAAAGACGGAUGUGAACGACUGAUGAAGGCAUUGACUCGCCAGCUGUUUGAGAUGGAGAAGGUGACUCUGCAGUGUAUGAAGGGGACAACACUGCGUGUCCCAGAGCCCCUUCAUUUUCUCCUUCCAGAGCCAAAUGGACUGGUGACGGUGGUUUUUCCUCGCGGAGAACCGGAUAAAGAACUGGAAGCGCAGCGGCGGGAGUUGCAUGGACAGUUUGAACUGCCAGAUAACAGGCCUUUCUUCAGAAGAGCAAAUGCUUACCACUUCCCUAAUGAGCCCUACAAAGACGGUUAUCUCAGAAACCCUCACACAGUUCUCACACACCCCACACUCGAUAACGGAAAGGUAUACCUGGUUCAGGGAAUUUACAGCUACCACCACUAUAUGCAGGACCGCAUGGAUGACAAUGGCUGGGGCUGUGCCUAUCGCUCUCUACAGACCAUCUGCUCCUGGUUCCAGCAGCAGGGUUAUGUGGAGCGCGGCGUGCCUAGCCACAAAGAGAUCCAGCAGGCUUUGGUGGAAGUUGGAGACAAGCAGGCGUCCUUCGUGGGGUCCCGUCAGUGGAUUGGAUCCAUCGAGGUUCAGGCUGUUCUAAACCAUCUGCUUGGAGUCACAUCCAAAAUCAUGUUUGUGAGUCAAGGUUCUGAGUUGGCAUCCAAGGGGAGAGAAUUGGCUAAUCACUUUAUGACUGAAGGAACUCCUGUCAUGAUUGGUGGGGGAGUUUUGGCUCACACUAUCUUGGGCGUAGCUUGGAGUGAGACCACUGGUGAAAUCCGCUAUCUUAUCCUAGAUCCACAUUACACAGGAGCAGAGGACCUUCAGGUUAUCACAGAGAAGGGCUGGUGUGGCUGGAAAGGACCAGACUUUUGGGAUCAAACUGCAUAUUACAACCUCUGUUUGCCCCAGAGGCCGAGAGUGAUUUGAGCAAAUGGACAAUGAUGGAAGGCUAUAAAUUUGAAAUUUAAUAAACAGUAUGGAGUGUUUAUUUAAAUAAUUUUGGCUGAGCUGGUAUUCGCAUAGUCAGAAAGAAAUGUUAAUAUUAUGUCUAUUUCAAAGAAUUUCCUCAUUCUUUAAAAAUACUGUUUUGCUCACUUUAAUUAAAAACUUUAGAAUAAAAAGGAUUUUCACUUUG